AUGUUAUUUAGAUAGAAGGAGAAGAUAUAAGAUGUUGGAAGAAACAAUUUUCAUGAAUUUUAUAGAAUGGAACAUGAAGCCAAAACUAAAACAGUUAAAAUGAUGCCUAGUGUUCAGUCUGGUUUAUCUAAAUCAACAAAGUUACAUAUUACUUGAACUAUAAUAGUUAGCCUAUGAUUGAUGAGAAUCAGAGUUCUCUAACAGGAAAUAGUUGGGAUGCAAAACACUUAGAUACAUUUCUCAAAUAAAGCAAAUAUUCAAGUAUGAGAUAAAGUUAAGAUCUUGACAACUAAGCAAAAUUUGUUGGGAGUGGUUAGAAUUAAAGUUUCUUGUUUCGUAGACAAUAAUCUCGUAUAAUACCAGAAUAUAUUGAUUACUUGAACAUGAGUAAAAUUAAUCAUAUAGUAUCUGAUCAUCCUGUUAAUAAUUCAUAAGAGGUAAUUACAAAAAGAUUGGAAGUACCUUAAAAAAAUUAUGAUUAACAAAAUUUAGCAUUAUCAUAAGUAAUAACACUCAAAAAGCCAUCAGGGUAUUUGGCUGAGCUCAAAGAAACCUAAGAAUAACAAAAAAAGUAAAUUUAUAAUCAAUAAUAAAGAUUUCAUUAAUGGAGAGAAGAAUUUAGUGAAGCAAAUAAAGCAUAUAGAAAGAUUAGAUAAGCUUAUAAGUAGAAAAACUUUUAAUAUUAGAUCAGGAAUAAUUGGUAUAGAUAAUCCAACAAUUGAAAAUUCAGAAUUGUACAAAGAAGAUCAUCAGAAAUAUAAGUAAAAACAAGAAAGUCGAAUAAUUCAUUCUAUUAAUAGAUAAAAAUGUAUAAUAAUCAUAUUUGAUUUUAGCAUUGGAAAAAUAUUCAAGUGCUAAUCCUAACAUUGAAUUUGAUAAUAAAAAAUAUGAUGAUAGUCUAAGUCAAAUCAAUUAAACCAGAAAAUUAGGAUAAUAUCCUUAUUAAACAUUUGAGAUGGAUUAUAAAUGGAUGCAUAAGAAAACUAUUAAUCCAUGUUAAAAUACAUAAUAAAGAUUAUUUGGAGGAGUAAAUAAAAUUAGUAGAGCUGCAUCUUUAAGAGCUGAGAAUAUCAAGAAUUAAGAACUUAGAGGAAGAGAUUAUAAUUGUAUAUCUUUAACAAAGGUUUAAUGA